AUGGCGGACCGUGUGGGUCUGUGCUACGCUGCGUUAGUGACGGUGGGAGGACUCGUUGGUUUCGCUAAAGCUGGCAGUGUGACGUCACUCGCUGCCGGGCUCCUGUUCGGUCUGCUGUCGGCUUUGGGCGCGUAUCUCCACAACACAUGGAUUUCUUUGGGCGCCUCGGGGACCGUUGCCGCGGUGAUGGGGGUCCGCUUCCUAGGGUCGUUCAAACUGAUGCCCGCCGGGUUCAUGAUGGUUCUGAGUCUGCUCAUGGUGCUGAAGAUUCUAACGGCAACGACCAAACGACUGUAA